GGGAGUCCCCAAGAAAAGCUCCCCAGCCCCACAACAUAACCGAGACGGGGUGUCCAAGGAAAAGACUCCCCGACAGCUGACACACGCGCCCAUGGUAGUGUCCACACAGCGAAGCCGUACCACUCACCGGACAAAGAACACCCCAGAAAAGAAGCUUUCCUAGGAAAAAGGACACAUUCUGGGUAGAAAUUAAAGCAUCCAGGGAAAAACUGCGCACUUACGUAGUCCUGAAGUCUUGACCUUGCCAGAGGAGCUGCGGCUGCACUUCCCAAAAUGGCAGAGAAGUUGUGGCGCCUCCCCACUGCUGGAACUUUCUAGAAACUUGCUCUCUGGGAGUUAUGGGAAGUGUGCCCCGGAUGCCUGUGAGUGAUGCUCAUUGGGAGGCGUCCCACCAGAAGCACCAAUCUGCCUUCGGUAUCGGCAGUACGGCGGACAUAGGCAGAGGAACGCGGAACCUCACACAGCGGAAUCAAAGGAUGCCGGUUUCUCCACUUCAAACGAGUCAGCCAACUCCACCUGGAAAACGCCACACUGUUGGCUCUGUGCUUACAAAUGAUGGCCAGCAAAUGAGGAGUGACAAAGUAAAUCAGGCUGCAAGAAGGCAUCGAAGGAAAAGGAGUCGUUCCAGAAAAUCCAAGAGACGCUAUUAUUCUACGACAAGGCAGGAUGCUAGCGUCACUCACAAUGUCUGUGAAGAAAAGGUUAAAAAUGGCCAACCAACACCCGAUAAUGUCUUUCCAACUGUUCCAUCAGCGCUUAUUAAUAUGACAGCAGCUGGUAUUUCAUCCCUGGGUUUCGGCGAUCAGUAUGCUGCGGUGACUCAUAACGUCCAUGAAGAGAAGAUGAAUAACGGCCAGCCAGCACCUCAUACCGUCUUUUCAACUGCUCCACCAGGUCUUGAUGCUACUGUCACUCAAUAUGUCCAUGAACAGAAGAUGGAAAAUGGCCAACCCCAAACUGAUAAAGUCUUGUCAACUGUUCCACUAUGCCUUGGUCAUAUGACUGCAGCUGGUAUUCCAUCCAUGAGUAUCAGGGAUCUGUAUUCUACUGUUACUCAGAAUGUCUGUGAAGAGAAGAUAAAAAAUGAACAAAUGGCACCUGAUAGAUUCUUGUCAACCGUUAUAGAAGGGCUUAUAAAUUUCGCAGGGGCUGGUAUUCCACCCCUGAGUACUGGGGAUCAGCAUGCUACCGUCACUCACAAUAUCAAUGAAGAGAGAAUGAAAAAUGGGCAGCCCCAACCUGACGCUACCAUCACUCACAGCGCCCAUGAACAGAAGAUGGAAUAUGUCCAACCAGCACCUGACAACGUGUUGUUGACACUUCAGCCAGGACUUAAUAAUAUGGCAGCCACUGGUAUUUCAUCCAUGAGUACCAGGGAUCUGGGUGCUAGCAAAACUUAUAAUGUCCUUAAGGAGAAGAUGGAAAAGGGCGAACCCCAACAUGGCAACAUCUCAUCAACUGCUCUAAUAGGACUUACUAAUGUGGCAGGAGCUGCUAUUCCAGCCAUGAGUACCGAUGGUCUGUAUGCCACCGUCAGUCACAAUGUCCAUGAACAGAGGAUGGAAAAUGACCAACCGCAACAGGAAAACGUCUGGCCAAAUAUUCUCGCAUGGUUUAUUAAUAUGGCAGGAGCUGGUAUUCCAGCAAUGAGUACCAGGGAUCUGUAUGAUACCAUCUCUCACAAUGUACAUGAAGAGAAGAUGGAAAAUGGCCCAUCCCAAACUGGUUUUACCAUUGCUCAAAAUGUCUGUGAAGAAAAGAUGAAAAGUGACAAAACAACACCUCAUGAAUUCUUGUCAACUAUUACAGCAGGGCUUAGGAACUUCACAGAAGCAGAUGCUGCAGUCACUCACAAUAUCCCUGAAGCGAAGGUAAAUAAUGGCCAACUAGCACCUCACAACGUCUCGUCUGCUGCUCCAGCAGGUCUUGGUAAUAUGGCGGCAGCUGGAAUUUCAUCCACGAGGACCAGAGGUCUGUGUGCUACUGUCACUCAAAAUGUCCACAAAGAGAAGAUGAGAAAUACACAACCAACACCUAAUAACGUCUUAUCAACUGUUCUACCAGAACAUCUUUAUUUGGCAACAGCUGGUCUCCCAGCCAUGAGCACCAGGGGUCAGUAUUCUACCAUCACUCACAAUGUCCAUGAGGAGAAGAUUAAAAAUGCCCAAACGGCAGCCAAUAAUGUCUUCUCAGGUAUUCCACCAGCACGUAAUAAUAUGGCAGCAGCUGGUGUUUCUUCCAUGAGUACCAGGGAUCAGUAUGCUGCAGUCACUCAUGCAAUCCUUGAAGAGAAGAUAAAUAACGGCCAAUCAGCACCUGAUAACCUCUUGUCAACUGCUCCACCAGGUCUUGCUAAUAUGGCAGCAGCUGGACUUUCAUCUACGAGGACCAGAGAUCUGUAUGCUACCAUCAUUCAAAAUGUCUGCAAAGAGAAGAUGGAAAAUAACCAACCAACAUCUAAUACGGUCUUGUCAACUGUUCUCCAAGGACUUCCUUAUUUGGCAACAGCUGGUCCCCCAGCCAUGAGCGCCAGGGAUCACUAUGCUGCCGUCACUCACAAUGUCCGUGAAGCGAAGAUAAAUAACGGCCAACUAGCACCUGACAACGUCUUGUCAGCUGCUCCACCAAGUCUUGGUAAUGUGGCAGCGGCUGGAAUGUCAUCCACGAGAACCACAGAUGCUACCGUCACUCAAAAUGUCCGCAAAGAGAAGAUGGAAAAUAACCAACCAACACUUAAUAACGUCUUGUCAACUGUUCUCCAAGGACUUCCUUAUUUGGCAACAGCUGGUCUCCCAGCCAUGAGCACCAGGGAUCAGUAUUCUACCACCACUCACAAUGUCCAUGAGGAGAUGAUUAAAAAUGCCCAAACGGCACCCAAGAAUGUUUUCUCAGCUAUUCCACCAGCACAUAUUAAUAUGGCAGCAGCGGGUGUUUCAUCCAUGAGUACCAGGGAUCAGUAUGCUGCGGUCACUCACAACGUCCGUGAAGCGAUGAUAAAUAACGGCCAACGAGCACUUUACAACAUCUUUUCAACUGCUCCACCAGGUCUUGGUCAUAGGGCAGCAGCUGGAAUUUCAUCCACGAGGACCAGAGAUGCUGCAGUCACUCACAAUAUCCAUGAAGUAAAGAUAAAUAACAUCCAACUAGCAACUGACAACGUGUUGUCAGCUGCUCCACCAGGUCUUGGUAAUAUGGCAGCAGCUGGAAUUUCAUCCAGGAGGACCGGAGAUGCUACCAUCACUCAAAAUGUCCACAAAGAGAACAUGGAAAACAAGCAACUAACACCUAAUAACGUCUUGUCAACUGUUCUCCAAGGACCUCCUUAUUUGGCAACAGCUGGUCUCCCAGCCAUGAGAACCAGGGAUCAGUAUGCUACCGUCACUCACAGUGUCCAUGAGGGAAAGAUUAAAAAUGCUGAAGGAGCACCUAAUAAAGUCUUCCCAACUGUUUCCCCUACACAUAUUAAUAUGGCAGCAGCUCGUGUUUCAUCCAUGAGUACCAGGGAUCAGUAUGCUGCAGUUACUCACAAUGUCCGUAAAGAGAAGGUAAAUAAUGGCCAACCAGCAACUGAUAACAUCUUGUCAACUGCUCCACCAGGUCUUGGUAAUAUGGCAGCAGCUGGAAUUUCAUCCACGAGGACCAGAGAUCUGUAUGCUACCGUCCUUCAAAGUGUCCGUGAAGAGGAGCUGGAAAAUAAGCAACCAACAUCUAAUAACGACUUGUUGACUGUUCUACAAACACUUACAUUUUUGGCCACAGCUGGUCUCCCAGCCAUGAGCACCAGGGAUCAGUAUUCUACCAUCACUCACAACGUCCAUGGGGAGAUGAUUAAAAAUGCUGAAGCAGAACCCAAUAAUAUCUUCUCAACUAUUCCCCCAGCACUUAUUAAUAUGGGAGCAACUGGUUUUUCAUCCAUGAGUACCAGUGAUCAGUAUGCUGCAGUCACGCACAGCGUCCGUGAAGAGAAGAGAAGUAACAGCCAACCGGUACCUGAUAACGUCUUGUCAACUGCUCCACCAGGGCUUGGUAAUAUGGCAGCAGCUGGAAUUUCAUCCAGGAGGACCAGAGAUCUGUAUGCUGCAGUCACUCACAAUGUCCAUGGAGAGAAGAUGAACAAUGGUCAAAGAGCACCUGAGAACUUCUUGUCAUCCAUUACACCAGGGCUUAUUAAUGUAUCAGGAGCUGGUACUCCACCCAUGAGUACCAGGGCUCAGUAUGCUUCCAUCACUCACAAUGUCCAUGAAGAGAAGAUAAAAAACGGCCAACCAGCAACUCAAAACUUCUUGUCAACUCUUCCAUCAGGACUUACUAAUAUGACAGGGGCUAGCAUCCUAGCCAUGAGUACCAGGGAUCUGUGUAUGUUUCCUUAUAAGUUGUGUCCUACUUGAUUUCCAUAUGCGGGCAUAGUGUCAUUACGGGAAGAAGGUGGUUU